ACCAAAGAGUGAUGGAGAUUGUGAUUCUAUUGAAGCCUGCAGCAAAGUCCCCAAUAACAAAACCUGAUGCAACUCCAGAAAACCCCAACAAACCAAAGCUUAGAAAAUGCACUUCUCUGAAGGUAGCCUCUUCGUUCACCCGAGCAUGUCUCUGUGCUCCCAUCUCUUCCUACAAUGAGGUGUUCCGAGCCGCCGUCCCGCCGCGAAGAAGCUACGGUCUAUCAAGAUCAAAAUCCUUUGUUGCACCGGAUAGAAUCACAAGCACAAGAACCUCGGUGGAAGGUCGGAGAGUGUUCAGAGGGAAGUCGUUGACCGACGACAUCUUGAUGAGAAGAUUUGUGGUUGAAGAGGAAGCAAUGAUGCAACUGAGGAGGAGGAACCAGAUGGAAUUCGUGAGGAAAAGGAAUGCCCUGAGAAGGAAAAAGCUUGGGCCGAGUCCUCUUAGCAGGAUGGUUCUGGCUGGAGAAGAAUAGUUCUUGGCUUUUGAG